AUGGCCGUCGGAUGUGCAAAAAGCAUAUUAAUAUCAUUUAAUUUAAUUCUGUGGCUCGCUGGAGGCACGCUCAUAGUAUUAGGAACGUGGAUAUUUGUGGAUUCGUCAAAAAUUCAUCUUUUUCAUUUUGUUACGUCCGAUGAUUUAAACACGGAUUUCGGUUAUUAUCUCGCAUAUAUAUUAUUAUCAUUAGGUGGAUUCGUUUUGAUAUCUGGAAUAUUCGGUUGUUGCGGUGCCGUAAGAGAAAAUCGUUGUUUGCUCGCAAUCUAUUUCACCUUAUUAUUCAUUCUCACGUGCAUUGAGUUAUCCGUAUCGAUAGUUACGUACAUAUAUAAAGAUCAUUUUCUAUUGGGUUUGGAAGAUAGGCUAACGUCGGGUUUGAUAAAACAUUACGGUUAUAAAAAUAGUAAUGAAAAAUAUUUAUCAUUUUCCGAAGCCGUUGAUUUCGCACAGUACAAGUUCAAAUGCUGCGGAAUUAAAAGUGAUAACGAUUAUAUAAAAUCAAAUUGGAGAAACGAAAGUAAUAUAUCGGUGGAAAAAAGAAACGUUCCAUUAACUUGUUGCAUAACUCAAGAUCCUGGAGAGCACGAAUAA